UUGGUAAUGCACUGCCAACAUGGCUGAACAAAGGCAACGUGCUUUGUCAACAUCAGGUGAAGCAUUGUAUGAAAUCCUGGCACUAGAAAAAGGAGCAACACAUGAUGAGAUUAAGAAGUCCUACAGAAAACUGGCUCUGAAAUACCAUCCUGACAAGAAUCCAGACAAUCCAGAGGCUGCAGAAAAAUUUAAAGAGAUCAACAAUGCUCACGCAACCCUGACUGAUCUGUCCAAGAGAAAUAUAUAUGACAAAUAUGGAUCAUUAGGGCUCUACGUGGCGGAACAGUUUGGUGAGGAAAAUGUCAACACCUACUUCAUGCUCUCAAGCUGGUGGGCAAAGGGCCUGUUUGCAGUCUGUGGCUUGCUGACGGGCUGCUACCUCUGCUGCUGUCUCUGCUGCUGCUUCAACUGCUGCUGUGGAAAGUGUAAACCCAAGGCACCCGAGGGGGAACAGCAGGAGUUUUGUGUGUCUCCAGAAGAUUUGGAAGAGCAAAUUAAGAACGACAUGGAAAGAGAUGGAGAAACUCCUAUCGUGCUUCAGCCAACUAACGUAACGGAGAAGACGCAACUAAUUGGGGACAGCCAUCGGAGCUAUCGCACAGACUCCUAGAGCAGGAGAGCAUGACCUGUUGGUGCUGCUCACUGAGUCUCACAGCAAGAAAAAUCACACGAUAAGUUCUGCAGCCUGUGUUUGUAGUUGUCUUUAAGCUAAUCAAGAGUAAACUGAGAGUUGUUUCCUAUCAAGGCAGAAUCUUCCUCUAGGCCACUUCCAAUAGGUUGAUAACCUGCACUGUGCAUGGAGAUAUCUAUGGCCAGUACAGAGCUCUACAGACCAGCAUGCUGGUCUCUCACGGCAUCAAACUGCCAGGCUCAACAUGGUCUUUCCCUCUGGUAAUAUUCCCUUUGGUAUAGUUGCUCUUCUCCCUGCCCUUAGCUAUAGUUUCACCUCCCAGACACAGUCUUGAGUAUCUUUCCAGACACACUGGCUCCACCUCUCCCUGUUCCAGGAACUUUCUUUGCAUGGAGCAGUUUUGCUGGAUGUGAAACUUUCCUGUGAGGGAGCCCAGGAAGUGCUCUUUAGCAGACCUCAGGGGGAAAGUUGGUGGCAAGACAGACAGGGUUCUCCUUCCCAGAGGGAAGUGCUCUUUGGAAAGCAGCUACUGGCUUGCUGGGACCCAUCUCUGGCAAUUAUAAACCUGAGCCAGGACAAAGUGCUCGGGAACUCUUCUGCUGGUGGUUACUGUUCAGGUCACUCCAAAUCCAGGAGCUUCAUUGAGAAGCACACACUGGCUCUGUGUCUUCCCCUGCACAAGCUGAAAACCCAUGAGACAGUGGGCAAAUGCCACAUGGAGAGGAAGGCUGGCCCUGGGCUGCCCCAGACCUUCUCACAGUCCUGUGGCAAAGGUCCCCCAUUUGCUUCCCAGCCAACAGCUUUCUGCCAGCUGGCUUAUUCCCCAUACCUCUUGUUUCUGGCCCCACUGCCCUGCUGGCACUAGGCUGGGAGCCAUCACACCAGUGCAGGCACUGGGGUUGUGGGAGCAGAGAGGACUUGGCAGGGAAGGCAAGGAGCAAAGGAGUGAGUGUUCUCCUCACCAGCUCAUCGGGGCAAGACUGAAUCCUCUCCUCUGCCCUAGGCCCAGGGGCUUUAAGAGUACAUGACAUGAUUUUAAAUUAAGAGUUAGAGAUGAGGUGUACAUUCAAGUGUACCACUCCACAAGUCAGUGGAGAUAUAUGUGGGUAUAGCUAAAUCAAGCACAAAGAAAUUAGGCCACUGAUUUGUAAGAGCUAAAGGAAUACCUCUUAGAUCUUAAAUUUAGCACUUCACUGAUUUGACAUAGUAGUUUAAGUCCAAGAUUUCUCCUUAUUGAUCAUGUUACAUCAGUCACUGUCAGUUCUGUCAUAUACUAUUUUUGUGUGCUGUGGUCUAAAGGGGGCCGCAUGUUCCACUAAAUUAUACAAACCAAGGAAUAUAUAACUAGUCAAAAGUGUUAUUCCCGUGCUUAGAAUUGGAUCCCACAGCUGUGAAACAUUAUUAUCUUCCUUCUAUUCUCACCUUCCACAGCAAAUGUCAUCCAGCUGCAGCUAAAUAUAUGGGAAAAGAGUGUUUUUUGUAGCACCAGUUGUAAUUCCAAAGUCAAGAAAUACUACUUUCAACAUUUCUUUAAAUGUCCCAUAACACAUGGACAUUUUAAAGGCCAUUACUUCCAGUUCAGGUCAUAUAUCUGUUCUCUGAGUGCAUGCACUGGGGCCAGCCAAUGCUCACAUUGCCCUCAGAAAUGGCCCUGGUUUUCUUCUUCACAAAAGAGGGAAGGUCUUGGCAUGGCUGAGGCUGAGCACAGACCCUCGCUUCCCUCCUACCCAUGGGCUACUCUUGGUCCUCACUUGCACAUUGCAAAUGAUUUUGGGGACCACUCAUUGGUACAUAAAUCCAGAUCGCCCUCCUGCACCCUGCACCCACUCGGCACAAACACAUCUUUUGGCUUUCUUCACUAUUACCCUUUGCAGGGUGUUUGCUCUCGUAUAAGACCUUAUCCCUGAAUGAAGGAGUAGGGAGACCAUGUAGUAUAUAACAAAUCUGCAAGCAAAGACAUUUCCUAAGUUUCACUGUCUGGGAAAGAAAUUCACCGUGAAAAUGUCCAAAUGUUACGUAGUGACUGUUUCCAGCAGAGAGUUAAAAGAGGCAUCGGGAGAAAAGUCUGGUGUAAAGCUACAUCUAACUAUAUGUGGAAUCCUUUCCAAUGUGAAAUCCGUCCUCCUGCUCCCAUGAAAGUAAUUGGAAAUUGCACCUUUGAUUUCAACAACAGCUACAGAGCAGGCAUAAAGCCAAGGAGGAAAGAGUAAAUCCCGUAAUAACAAAAGCAACUGGAGAAUUUUUUCACAUGCAAUACCUUCAAUGUCCCUCAGGAGCCCACUCUAUGGGCCAGAGCCAAAGUUCACUGAAAUCAAGGAAAUGAUCUCCAUGGGCUUGAGAUGUACCACAAGUCACGUGGUUCUUAUUUACACUUUUUAAAUGAGAGAUUUUCCUUGGGAAAGAUUUAUGAUUUGAUCUCACAGUGUGAUGCAAAGGUGGACAAGCUGCUGCAUGUUUGCAAAUCCCUUUUACAGACAUAGAGAUUUGUACAGAAGAUCCACAAUGCAUUAUCUCAGCUAGCAAAAAAACUCAGAAUAAAUCAGUGACCAAACCUCUGAGUGGGUUAUCCAGGACUUGCAGCUUAAAGAUCUGAGUAUCUGAACCCAUGGCUUAAUAUCAAACAGCAAACUUAGUUUUUAGAGUACCAGGGCAUUUGCCUCUCUCAUUGAUGUGAAGAUCAGCUGUUCUGAGGACACGUAGAGAAAGGGUAAAUCAGGAUUUCAGGACUUAGCUUUUCAAUGAGAUUUUGUUUGCUUUUCAGAAAAAUUCCUAACAUGAAUAUAUGCUUACAU